AAUCACCCUCGCCAAGGGGUUAGAACUGUGAGCGAUUUUUCUACAGGUUAUUAUGACGUAAUAGUACAAUCAAAUAGCUUUUGAUUUCUAAAUUCUUAUUUGUGUUAAACCGGCUAGGAAUGCGACACUGUUAAUUGUAGUAGCAUGAAAGGCCGCAAAGGCAGAGGAGGAGGAAAGGGGAAGAAUCGUCGUUCUGAUCGAUCAGAGAGUCGAGAAGAAAAAGGACGAUCUGGAUCUCGAACACCCCAACCUCGGACCAAACGUCGCAGAGAUUCCCCAAGUUACUCGGAUUCCGAUGAAUCUGAAACAAUUUCUGUAGACGAUGUGGACAAUAUACCUGAUUUAGAAGCAGAUACAUCAAAAGAGGAAAACGUAAAUGAUUCUUAUAGCGCGUGGGACACAAGUUGCGGUGUAAAAUGCAGGAGGCAUCCAGACCAAUUCCACGGGCGACCAGUCACUAAUUUUCGCUCACUGUAUUCACAUUUUCCAAAAGAUCAGCAGCGUUUGUUGGUAUUUCAUAUCAUCUGCACAUUAUUCGUCUACCUUAUUAUCUUCCCACUGGUCAACUGUGUAUGGACGUAUUUCAAAGAUACUGAUGCAGAAAUAAUAAAUUUAUUUGCUUACAUCACGGACUAUCCGAGAACAAGUUUCACCGCACACAUUCGCCAUCUAUCAUGGCUGAGUCUUCCCGGAAUCAGUGCCGAAACUAUUUCAUUGUUACUUGCUGUCGUAUUGAAAGAUUUGUUCAUCUUGAAUUGGGAAAAUAUAACUGAAAAUCUUUCCGUGACUGAUGUGAUAGUCGGAAGAGUUGCCAGACGAUACAGAAGAUAAAAUACACAUUUAUGAGUUGAUGAUUUUUCAAGUAGAAAUAAACAAAAAUUAUUUUAAAAGCACAA